UUGGAGAAAACAAGUGAAUGGAUAAUGUUAUCAUGUGGCUUCAAAUUUGGGGUGCCAAUACCAACGUAGGAAAGACUGUUAUUUCUACUGGGAUCGUGUCACAACUACUUAAGAGAGUAGCUCAUUGUUUGUACUUGAAACCUGUACAAACUGGGUAUCCUCCCGACGAUGACGCAGCUUUUGUGCAAAGGCACUGUAAGCAACUGUGGAAGGACGAUGACAGAGGAGUGGAUCAACGAUUGAGUUGCAAGAAACUCUUUGUGUUUGAACAACCAUUGAGUGCAGAAGAAGCAGCUAGAAGACAAGGUGAACAAGUUAGUGACCAACAAGUUAUGCAAGCUAUAUGGAAGGAAUGGGAAAAUAGGCACGAGUCUGCAAUCAUCAUUGAAACUGCAGGCGGUGUAUUAUCACCAUUGCCAAGUGGAACGAGUCAAGCAGAUGGUUAUCGCUCAUUGCGUCUUCCAGUUGUUCUUAUAGGAGACGGUGCUCUGGGUGGAAUAUCUACUACUAUGACUUGCUAUGAAUCCUUGUUAUUGCGAGGCUAUGAUGUUCCCAUCAUAGCAACUAUUGAUCAAGGUUAUCCUAACUGGGAAGCAUGGAAAAGAACUAUUCAUGAGAAAGAUACUCUUAUCAUACCAUUCCCUCCGUUACCUCCUAAGGAUAUUCCAUUGUUCAGUGACUGGUACUUGAAGCCACAAGUACAACAAGCAUUUCAAUCCAUCGUCGAGCAUGGCAAUACAUAUUUUACGAAAAGAUCCAAAAAGUGGGAAGAAAUGGAACAAAAUGCUCCAAAACUAUUUUGGUGGCCAUUUACCCAACACGGAAGUACUUUACAUCCCGUUAUCGUAGACUCAGCAUUCGGAGAUAAUUAUCAAGUGGCACAAAAGAAAUCAAAAGGAACCCAUUCCAGGCCACCUUUUUUUGUUUUCAAAUCAAAUGAAGAUUCCUCUUCAUGGCAUUUGUUGGAUGCUUUUGAUGGAGUUGCAAGUUGGUGGACACAAGGUGUUGGUCAUGCCCAUAUUCAGUUGAAUAAAUCCAUGAUGAAGGCUGCUGGACGUUAUGGACACGUAAUCUUCCCUCAAGUCAUUCAUCAACCAGCUUAUCAACUAUCCAAAGAAUUGAUAGAAACAGUAGGUUAUCCUUGGGCCAAUAGAGCUUAUUACUCGGAUGAUGGCUCAACAGCGAUCGAAAUUGCUAUCAAAAUGGCGUUGCGAUUGUAUUCUACGCGUCAUGGAAAAUCCCAACAACAGCAACAACUUGAAGUAUUGAGUUUCUUUGGUUCAUAUCACGGAGAUACUUUGGGUGCAAUGGAUUGUUGUCCCAAAGGAGAUUACAAUGAGUUGCAAUCGCCAUGGUUCCAACCAAAGGGCGUAUUUAUAGAACCUCCAAGAAUAGGAAUGCAAAAUGGACGCUGGAUAUUGGAUAUUUUGAACGGCAACAAUAAUUGGUUUCCAACUGAUUCGAUUGCGAACCAGGUACAUUGGGAUAGUUGGGAUGAGAUGGCAGACUGGCAACGAGUUGAUUCAGAAAUAGGAAAUAUGUAUCAACAAUAUAUAAACAAAGUAUUGGACAGUUCAAGUACCAUCGCUACUUUGAUAAUAGAGCCUUUGAUUCAAGGAGCAGGUGGAAUGCGACUCAUCGAUCCUUGUUUUCAAAGAAUUCUUAUUCAAGAAGCCAAAAAGAGAGGAAUUCCUGUCAUAUUCGAUGAAGUAUUUUCAGGAAUUUGGAGACUUGGUGUACUUUCAUCCACUCAUUUGUUGGGAGUUUAUCCUGAUAUCGCGGCAUAUGCGAAACUAUUGACGGGUGGAUUAUUACCUAUGGCAGUUACUCUUACAACGGAAGAAGUAUUCGACGCGUUCAAGGUAUUCUUAAGAAAUAGAGCAAAUCGAUUGUUGAUAGUCUAAUAAUAUGAUUGUUGUUGUUAU